UGCUUCUGAUUUUAACCUUCAGGGCUGAGUUUUUAAUGAGGUGCUUUGGGUGCCAUGUGGGUACCUGGUGGCGGCGGUGAGAGCAGCCAAGCCCCGCAGUGUCCCCCAGCUCUCUGGACAGGCUGGAGGAGGCAGAGCUGGAGGCCAGGAAGUAGCAAGGCCUUGUGUGGGGGGUGAGGCGGGGUGGAUUUGAGUUUCUGACAUACCACAGUCACUACCAGGCCCUCCCAGCUGGAACCGGAGCAGGCGCAGGGCCAGGGCCUGCCGCCCUCUGGGCAGGUAUAAGAGCCAGAGAGGAGGUCCUGAAGCCAGGGCUGGGGCCGGGGCACCAUGCUCCAGAGCCAAAGCUUCUGUGUAAAGACCCCCAGGUGGGCAGGGUCGGUUCUGGGUGUGACCCCAUCUCUGGGGGAUCAGAAAAUGCGCUAAGGAAACCACUGGGCUGGACAGACUGGAAAAGGUGACCGGAGGCCCGGGCUUGGCAGGCAGGGCUGAGGACACACUGCCCGCCCGGGCUCAGACCGAGCAUGAGAGGUCUCCGCUGGCGUUACACCCGCCUGCCCAGCCAAGUGGAGGAAGCCCUGUCCAGGAAGGAGAGUGAGGAAGAGGAGGAUGUGGCAGCGCCAGCCCUGGCCCCGGCUCCUGCUCCUGAAGAUCCCAGGGAGCCCCAGCUGGCAGAGGCCAGCCAGGUCCUGGGUGCUGCAGAGAUUAGGCAGCUCAGCCUCCACCUCCCCCCAAGAGUCACUGGACAUUCCUGGAAUCUGGCCUUCUGCACGUCGAGGGAUGGCUUCAGUCUGCGGAGACUGUACCGGCAGAUGGAGGGCCACAGCGGGCCAGUGCUCCUGGUGCUGAGGGACCAGGAUGGGCAGAUGUUUGGGGCCUUCUCCUCCUCGGCUCUCCGACUCAGCAAAGGCUUCUACGGCACUGGCGAGACGUUUCUCUUCUCCUUCUCGCCACAGCUGAAGGUCUUCAAGUGGACAGGAAGCAACUCCUUCUUUGUGAAAGGCGACUUGGAUUCACUGAUGAUGGGAAGUGGCAGGAGGCUGCGCUUGCAAACUACAACUCCCAGCUCCUGGUCUGUUUGCUUCCAGUUAGGUUUGGUCAACAGGAGGCACUGGGUGAAGACUGUGAGGCAGAAGGAGAGCAGAGAAGCCCAAGUACUCCUCCCUACCACCUCUGGUCAGGUAGCAGAGGCCAGGACUUCUGUGGUUCUAGCUCCUGCAGGUGGUCCUAGCUCCUGGACUCCUGCCUCCACUCUUGUUCCUCCUACCCUAGAAAUGGUAGCAGCUUCCUGCUGUUGUCUCACUGACCUCUGUUGGCUCAUUCUAUCUCAUCCCCAGUAUUAAAUUUCUUCUGUUGAACUACCUGGUGCAGAAAGUUCUGUUUCCUGACUAGAUCUGACUGAUACAGCUAUUAAAAGCAGCCAGUCAAUUACCAUGCUAUCCAUAUUUGGAAAACCCACCUAUCUUAAAGUCAACAUUGACCUUCAAACUCAUCUCCAUUUCGUAGAAACUUCUUUAUUUCUACCCGUUACAAUCUCAACUCUAGUGAAUUUUAUAAAUGCAAACUUGAAUUUGUCAUUCCCCUCCUUAAAGCACCUCAGUGGUCCUUAUGGCCCUUGCCUUACAGGACUAUGCAUAAAGCACCAGUCCCCUUCACACUCCAUGCUCCUUCCCCAACUACUCCUUGUUCUGUGCCAUCUUCUGACGUACACUUACUGUGCUUCUGACAUCCCCCUGCCCUCUACCCAGCUAACU